CACUAAUAAAUAUAUCAGACAAAUUAAGAAUCCCUUGUGUCAAAGCUCGAAAACUCUCUGCCUCAUAGAAAUUCAAAACAAGGACCCAUCGUCAUCAUCAUCAUCAAAUAGCCAACCGAAUACAUUUUCUUGCACACUUUUGGUGGUCAUGUGUACUCGUACCAAAAAAAGGUAGGUGCUUGCAAAGCCUUACCUCACGCUCUUCAAGUUCUCCUUGUAACAAAAGCACCGAGCUUUCACACUUGUUUAAAGAUAGUUGUUCUCUUUGGCACAUAAUCCUCAUCUUAGAGCUAAAGAAUCUCCUCGAGGCACACUCAAUUCCUCCAAAAGAAUAUGUUCUUAGCUUGUUCACCCCUUUUAUCCUUUAUAUCCUCAAUAGAAGCAAGAAUGUCUUUAUGAGGGCAACCAGUUUUAGCAGUUACUCAUGAGAAAGUCUUGUUCUUGAACACCCCCGUCUGCUAGAAUGUGCAGAUUUCUAUUUGAAGUCAAACAAAAAGAUGGCUUUGCAAUAUAUCCACCUCCUGUAUCACCUCCCUCAUCAGUCUCGUCUCCAUACAAUGGUCUCAACUAUGAAAAAGAAUCAACCCCGCCUUCAUCUUCUCUUAACAAAAUUAGUCCCGUGCUUCUUUUGGUUAUAGGAGUCCUUGCUGUUAUUUUCUUUGUUUCUGGUCUUCUUCAUUUGCUUGUUAGAUUCCUCCUCAAGAGGGCAUCUUUUUCCCCAAUUUAUCAUUCCAAUAGGUUCCCAGAAACCUCAGGGUCUCAUUCUAUUCAAAGACAGCUUCAACAGCUGUUUCGCUUGCAUGAUUCGGGUCUAGACCAAGCUUUCGUUGAUGCUCUACCUGUGUUUUACUACAAAGAUAUCAUGGGUUCAAAGGAGCCAUUUGACUGUGCAGUUUGUCUCUGCGAGUUCUCAGGCCAAGAAAGGCUCAGGUUGCUUCCUCUAUGUAGCCACGCUUUUCACAUUGACUGCAUAGAUACCUGGCUUCUCUCAAACUCAACGUGCCCUCUGUGUAGAGGAACCCUUUUGGGCUCUAGUUUUCACAUGGAAAAUCCACUGUUCAAUUUUGAUCUCUCAAGGGAAUUAUCAAAUGGAUUCUCUAGUGAAGGAGAGAGUGGAUCUUCGAAUUGUCAAAAAUCAGUUACUAUUGUGGAGGACAAAGGUGUUGGUGAAAAGAGGGUAUUUUCAGUGAGACUGGGCAAGUUUAAAAGCUUGAAUGGUGGAGAAGGCAGUGGACAGAAACAACAUGGAGAGACCAGCAGGUCUAAUUUGGAUGCUAGAAGAUGUUACUCACUGGGAACAGUUCAGUAUGUGGAAGGUGAAUCAAGUUUGCAAGUGGCCAUGUCGCCUGGUAACCUUAAUUGCAGAGGAAGAGAUAAAGGAUGCCCUUCAAUUGAUGGGGAUUUGGAAGAUAAGAAAAUCAGAGGUAGGACAGGAGGUGAUAGCUUAUCAGUUUCCAAGAUUUGGCUUUGGUCUAAGAAAAGCAAAUUCCCAACGUCUUCAACUACUCACAUGGAUAUGUCUUGUUCUACUUCCCUUGCUGUAAGUUUACCAAUCAAUGCUAAUAGAACUGGAACUCUAAGAGAUAUAUAACUACUACUCACUCACUAAACUGUUUUUCCCUUUCUUGAUUAAUCAAUUAAUUAUAUACCGGCCAAAAUCUGCAUAUAUUUUCCUCUA